AUCAUUGUAGUGUUUUGGUGAGGCGUAUUUUUAAAAUUAAAAACCGAACAACUUAAGCGUUUUAAAUACAUUGAAUUAAAAAAAAAUCGUGUAGGAAAUUGUCACAGGUGAAAAGACAGGUGUGUACGAAGACGUAUGGUGACAUGAGAAUAUUUGCAGAAAAUGACCGAAUGUGAAGGAAAAUAUUGGACCAGACCUGAACGAAGAAAAUGGGCAGGUGGACUCUUUUUUGGUUGUAUGGCUUUGUAUGCUUGUAGAACUGUACCACCACUAUGUUUACCAAUUAUGGCAGAAGAAUUUGGCUGGGACAAAACACAGUCUGUAAGGGCACAGUCUUGGGAAGUUUUUUCUGGGGUUACACAAUGACUCAGUUUUUAGGAGGCUACCUCAGUGACAAAAUAGGAGGAGAUGUAGUACUGCCAGUAGCAGCCGCUUUUUGGGCAUUAGUUACAUUGAUGACACCACAGCUUGCCUAUCUUUCAACAGAUAAAUAUAGCACUCUCUACAUAGUGAUAUUGUCAAGAGUUUUAUUAGGAUUGUCACAAGGUUUCCAUGUACCUGGUACAACAUCAUUGAUUGCCAAAAAAGUUUUAGAAGAAGAACGAUCAUCAACUUAUAGUUUUGUGUGUGCUGGAUCACCUCUAGGGACUUUAUUAACUGGAAGUGUUGGUUCUCUGCUAUUGGAAACUUAUGGCUGGCACAGUGUAUUCUACUUUAUAGGUAUGUUUAGUAUUUUAUGGACAUUAGGCAUGAGAUUUAUUCUGGUAGCCAAUCAUAGAAAAAAGUACCAACUCUCAAUAGAUUCAGCAGAUAAACCUAUUAAAGAAGCCAGGGAACCAGUGCCUUGGUUAAUGUUACUUACCAAAGCUGGAUUUUGGGCUCCUGUGAUUGGUCAUUUUUGUCAUGCCAACUCAUUCUUCAUCCUGUUAUCAUGGGCACCAACAUAUUUUCAUGAAAACUUUCCAUCAGCAAAGGGUUGGGUAUUUAAUGUUGUUCCGUGGAUAGUUUCAAUGUUCAGCACUAUAUUUGGUGGAUGGCUAGCAGACACCAUGAUAAGAAAAGGGUACUCAGUUACUUUUGUCAGAAAGUUUAUAGAGACAAUCUCAUUACUUGGUACAGCUGUUUCAUUGAUAUUAAUUUCCUACAUGUCAACGUUUCAAGGGGCAUUAUUCUGUGUGGUCUUUGCUGUGGCUUCAUGUGGUCUUCAUAACAGUGGUAUACUCAUCAAUCCACAAGAUAUUGCACCAAAACAUGCUGGAUCUGUUUUUGGAAUUAUGAACAUGGCAGGGGCUAUUCCAGGUUUUGUUGGAGUAUAUAUGGCAGGUCACAUUUUAGAGGCCACUAAGAGCUGGGCAGCAGUAUUUAACCAGACAGCUGGUGUUUGUAUAUUUGGUUGUAUUGUUUACAUACUAUUUGGGACAGGCAAAAGGAUUAUAUGAAUGUAUAAUUAGUUUGUUCAAAUUUAUUAAAUCAAUUUUUUUACACUGAUAUUGGAGGGAGUAUUCAUUUACUUAUUUAUAGAUAUUUUUUAUUGUCUUUUAUUGUGAUUUUUUAAUUUAUUCUGUGAGGUUGUUAAAUUAACAUGUUAUUAUAUUGCUAAUCAAUGGUGCACAUUUUUGAUAAAAGGCCAUAUUUCUACCCCUUCAUGAUGAAGCUGGGUGUAUAGUGAUUCUUGUGUUUUCUUGCCUGUGCAUUCAUUAAGUGGUAUUUUUUGUUUUUCCUGUAUCAGGUUUUAUUAUUGGUUAAUUAUUUUAUUCUUAAUUCUUUGAUUGUUGUUAUUUUAUAUUCUAUGUUAUCGCUAUUUUGUGCAUUUUUUUUUUUUUUUUUUUUUUUGUGAUAAUUUUCAUAUCAUGCUUCUCGCUUGAGAUGGAAAAAUUAUCGCUAGAAACUAAGGAGGCUAUUUGGCAUUGCUAACGAAAUUGACAUGAAAUUGACAACGUCAUCAUAGGUAAAAUAGCGAUAAACAGAUUAUCAUUGGUCAUCUCAACUCGAUUGCUUAUCUCACUUUCGCUGUACCAGCUCAAGCGAGAAAAUCAAUCUCGUUGAGAUGAUCAACGAUGAUAUAUAAUUAUAUCUUCACAAUGUAUUUGUACAAUUCAUAUAUAGAUAUAUAUAUAAAUCAUCUUUUCAGUCUCCUUAAGAUUAUUUUCGUGAUGUGAUUACUUGGCUGUUUUUAUAGUGAUUAUUUGAAUAUCAGACCAAAUAGUUCAUGAUUAUAUAAUAAUUUGAUCUUCUAGGUCUGUAUUUUUUCAUUAUUUAAUUAUCUUGUAUAAAAGAAUAUUAAUGAUUAUGUGAUCAUAUUGACAAUCAAAUUAUGAUUUUGUUAUUACUUGGACAACCCCAGAGGGGCCUCACUUUUACUAACUUUAGUUAAUUUUUGAAAACAUUUUGUGCUAGGAUUUCAACAAACAUUUGUUGGUUUUUCAAUUUACAAAGCCUAUUACAUAUCUGAUCAAAAGACGAAAAAUGUCAAUGUUUUCUCAAUUUUUCUCAAUGAGUUCAAUAGAAGAGUAUGUUUGAAAAUUAAAAGUAAUUUUUUAGCAACUAUUAGAAAACAUAUGAAUAGUCAUACUAAGUGAUAUUAUACAAAUAUAGCAUUUGUAUGAGGUCGAUACAAGGAUAUAUUGACCUGAAAGAAGUAUAUUGACUGAGGACGAAGGCUAUAUUUGUUAUAUUAUUAAUUUCCAACCAUAUUUGUAUCAGAAUCGUCAUUUAGGUUUGUUGGAAUUUUAUAAAUAUUACAUCAAUUUGUCUCCUUGACAAUAACAACAUAUUAGUUGUUAUUUAAUUUACUUUUUUUGACAUCUUAUGUAUUUGAAGAUUUUUUCCGUCAAAUUAUUGAUCACAGAUAUCAUGUGUUUAAAAACGUUAAACAAUAUCCUGAAAUUCAUUACAUGACGUCACAAAGUAUAUCGGUUUUUAGAUAUUCUAAAAAUAACCGUGCGAUAUGCAUUUUGCCGGUCAAUAUGCUUUUUGCUAUACGCCGUUUUCUCUCUACCUUCAAAAAUAUAGUUUAACAUGUGACUAUGCCUAAAUGAAUCAAAUUUGUUAAAUAAUACGAAUUAAUAAUAUUAUUUAAUAUAUAUUUGAUAUACAAAUGUAAUAUAUAUUUGAUAUACAAAUGUAAUAUGUAUUUUACAACUAUUCACUACCCUGAGUGAUUAGUGGAUUGUAACAGGGAACAUCAGGAGGAGCUUGGACUCCUGAAGGAUAUUGUAACAAGCCAAUAUUUGAAAUAAAUAUUUAAUUAUGUUGUUAAAAAAAAAAAAAAGGAUUUCAACAAACAUAAAGAUAUAAUUUUUGAUAUAUAUAUAUAUGCUAUUUAAAAUUGAUUCACAUUGACAAAAAAUGAUGAUGUUUGAAUUAAGGCCUUCUCAAUUGUCUUCUUAAACUUUACAAAAAGAUAAUUGCUAAAAAAAAUUGUGCAUCACACAAAAAUGUGCAAGCAGAUGCCCCUUUUCUAGAAUAUAUCUAUUUCAUGUUUUAAUACAGCUAUAUUACAUUACAGAGAUAUUUUAUAUGGAUUCCAUUAUAUAAAAUCAAUAGUUCAAUGGCUUGUUCUCAUCAUGACUGUAUGUCCCAUAUAACAUAAUUAACUGUAAAAAAAUAUUUGUAAACUUUUCGAAUUUGAUGAUUUUAACUCUUGUUGUCGUGUAGUUGUGUUUGUUUUAAAAUAUGAUAGAAUUAAAUUGUAUAUGAACAUGUUUUAAACAAGAUUUUUUUUAAACUUUACAUAAUGUGAAGAUCCAUUAGAGUAAUAUCCCAUCAGUUUUAAUGAUUGGUUUAUCUCAAACAAGGUCACAUAACUAUAAAUGGGGUUCUUCAUAGGUCUCAAAUAAUUAUCUAUUACCAUCUUUAUUUUUGUAAAGAAUUAAAUGUGAUUUUUCAAAAUGAGUAUAUUUUACUAUUAUCAGAAAAAAAAGAACAUUUUAUCGUCAUGCUAAAAAAUACUGUUGACUUCAUUUGGCAAGAUUUAUAACCAUUAUUAGUGAUCAUGAAGGUCUCAUAAAUUAAUUGAUUAAGUUGUAGAAUGAUCAUUCUUGUGGUAACAUUCAAAAUGUCAGGAUCUUUAUCAAAAAGUGAAGUGAAGUUUUAUGCUGAAUUCUUUAACCUCAUUUUUACGCUCAUGUUACAUUACAUGAUUAAUAUUGGAUAUGUAUAGAAUUAUAGAAUCUUGCUUUCAAGUGAACUGAUGUAAAAGUUAAUAGGGUAAUAUUUAUUUGUCAUUAUCUUUGUAAUAUUUUUAUAUCAGUAAGGUUACGAUUGUUAAAAACAAUACAUGUAUAUUUAUAUUUGUACUGAUUUUGAAAUUUAUUUACUGCUAUUAAUUCAAUCAAACGUGUCCAUCAAAUUAAUAAUAUAUUUAAGCAUACUUUGAAAUCACGGAUAAGAUUUCAGAAAUCAAUCAUUCACGCCAUAAAUAUGUUGGGAAAUAUAUGCAAGGCCUAGACCAUUAUUGAAUUCUAUCAAUAAGAGUAAUGAUUUUAACAGCCAUGGCAAUUUGAAAAUGAUAACAAAUCUAUGGCUUGCAUGAGUUAUUUAGAUUAUCAUAGGGAAAAUAUGGCAAUGAAAAAACUAAUGUGAAAGUAAAGUUGCCUUGUGUAUGGCUGUACUAUUUUACCCCCCUGUGAAAUUAAAGCUACUUUCCUCUAAAUCUCAGUGCUGGCAUAACUUAUUUCUUAUAUAUCCUAUAAGCUGUACUUGCUUUUGGAAUAAAGUAUUAUUAUAUAACCUCAAAUAAUCACUGACAAAAAUGUUUUCAAUCCUUGUAAUUCUUAACCCAAACAGUUAUUCCUGUUGCUGUCAAAAAUGUAUUGACAAAUCCUCAGAUGACAUGUCUGAACUAAGGAAAGAGCCACCAGGUUGAGGAAUGUCUGAAAUCCAUAAAUGUGUUAAUAAUCCAUGCAUAGACAAUGAAACAAACCUACCUCAAAACUCCAUUUCAAUGAGAUACUAUCUGAAUUUAAAGCAUAUUAACUGAAUCAAAUAAACUUCGUCAUGAGACGUUUUUAUUUGUAUGACAUCAUGUUUUGACAUGAUGUUAAUGUGCUAGGAAUCUAGGAUCAUUCUUGAAUUUUGAAGUAAUUUUAUACAGUUUUAAGUGCUUAUGCAUAACUCUAAUACCUAGAUGAGUAUUAUAUUUUUAUUGACAUUCCAUUAAUAGAUCAGGUGUAAAAAACUUAUUACAUAUCAGCUAAUUUUCAAAGGAGCUAUUUAAAGACCUGUUAUAGUUUAUUACUUUUAUACUGUAAAACCGUAAAUCAAAGGCAGUUGGUAGUUAUUAUAUGUUAAAAAAAAAAAAAUCUUCAUACAACAUUAUUCUGAUAAACUUUAUAAAUCAUUGCUUGUAUUUAUUACUUUUAUUAUGUUAAGCCCACCAUACUAGACAAUGCAAGCUUGUAGUUCUAGCACUAUUUAUUUAAAACUACAAUAUUUCUUUGAUCCACAAAAAUUGAUACAUAAAAUAAGUACUAUAUAGUAACAUGCAUAAACAUUUUCAUUAACAUCAUUCAAAAGGGUCAUUUUGAAAUUCAUUGUAAUCAGAAGUAAUCAUGAUUACUUACCAAUUUAAUUAUACACUUUGAGAAAUGGUUUAAUAAUCAUUAAUUUAAUUUGAUUUAAUCGUUAAAUUGACAGAGUCAUUGUAAUUUAAUCAAUUACAUCUUUACACUGAAAGUUUUCAGAACCCGUCUCUGUCAUUUUGCAAUAAGUGGUUUUUAGAGUUCUGUAUAUAUUUGUAAGCCUCAAUUGGGUCGCCAAAAUAAGCUCUCGUAGUUCAUGCCACUGGAUACAGGAAAACAUUGGCGAAUAGAUUACAGGAAAAUAAUGUAAAGAAAUAUUGAAUAGCAGUACAUUUAUGAAGAUGUUGAUCUUAUAAAGGAUUUCCCCUUUUACAAGAAAGUUCACUUUCAUUUGUUUCAUAGUAAAUCUUAAGCCAUUCCAGUAUAUAAAACAUAUUUAUCUUUUUUUUUAAAUAACUAGGUAGAGCUGAAGAUUAUCAAGUUUAAUAACAUUGAGUAUUUGGAGCAGAUGAGGUUUUACUUAAUUUAUCAUUAUAACAAUUAAGAAAGAAAAAGCAGAGCUUUCCAUAGGGAAAAAAAUAAAACCACAUUAAAAAGAAAAAUAUGCCACAUUCAUGGGUAUUAUUUUUUUCAGUAUGUACGUUAUUUUUCCGAUCGUUUGUCAGUCUGUCCCACUUCAGGUUAAUGUUUUUGGUCAAGGUAGUUUUUAUACACCCGUCGUCUUAUGGUAUACUGUUGUCCGUCCACACUUCGUACAAUAACUCAAAAACACUUUCACCAAUUUUCAUGAAACUUAAGUGAAUUGUUUAUAUCUAUUGACGUAAGCUCCCUUACGUUUUUUUUUAAUUUCAGAUUUUAAGUUUUGGAUUUAUGGGGCUUUAUUCAUAAAAAAGGGGGGAUUUUCAACACUUCGGUAAAUAACUCAAAAAGGCUUUCAACAAUGUCCAUGAAACUUUGGUGAAUUUUUUAUAUCUAUUGAUGUAAGCUCCCUUUCAAUUUUUAUAAAUUUCAGAUUUUACAUUUCCAUGUUAUGAAUUUUUAUGCUUAAAAAAGGGGGGAUUUUCCAAUUUUGGGACAAUAACUUAUACGCCCGUCUUUUAGAGCACUGGGCGUAUCAUGCGCUAAAGCGCAGCCCUUUAUUAAUGAAGUUGAAGUCCAAUCAACUUGAAACUUAGUACACAAGUUUCCCUAUGAUAUGAUCUUUCUAAUGUUAAUGCCAACUUACAAAAAAUAGUAUUAACCACAAUUUACAAAAUACUUGUCAUCUGUUCACAUGUAUGUUUAACGAUUAUCUCAUAAUUUAAUCAAAACUCAAAACCUGUAUUUUGCUUCAAAAAAUGUAUUUCAGAAAUAUUUACUUAAGUAUUUUUUUUAUAUAUCCAUUUUGAAUCAUUGCUUGUUUGAAAAAUUCCAUGUAUUUUCUAUCAAGGUGUUUAUAAAUUUGUGAUAUUUAUGGAAUAGCCAAUGAGUCUCAAUUAAAUUGAUAUACAGCUGAAAAUAUUACCUACAAUGGUAACUUUGUUGUUCUUUUCAUAAGACAAUUAUUCAUAAACUUAAUAGAAGUCUAUUAAUAAACUAUAUAGUAGUUUUUAGCUCACCUGGCCCGAGGGCCAAGUGAGCUAUUCUUAUCACUUUGUGUCUGUCGUUCAUUGUCAUCCUGCGUUGUCUGUUAACUUUUACAAAAAUCCUACUACUGGGCCAAAUUAAACCAAACUUGGCCACAAUCAUCAUUGGGGUAUCUAGUUUUAAGAAUGUGUGGCGUGACCUGGUCGACCAACCAAGAUGGCCGCCACGGCUAAAAAUAGAACAUAGGGGGUAAAAUGUAGAUUUUGGCUUAUAACUCAAAAACCAAAGUAUUUAGAGCAAAUCUGUUAAAUUGUUUAUCAGGUCAAGAUCUAUCUGCCCUGAAAUUUUCUGAUGAAUCAGACAACCCGUUGUUGGGUUGCUGCCCCUGAAUUGGUAAUUUUAAGGAAAUUUUGCUGUUUUUGGUUAUUAUAAUGAAUAUAUUUAUAGAUAGAGAUAAACUGUAAACAGCAAUAAUGUUCAGCAAAGUAAGAUUUACAAAUAAGUCAAAAUGACCAAAAUGGUCAGUUGACCCCUUUAGGAGUUAUUGCCCUUUAUAGUCAAUUUUAAACCAUUUUUCGUAAAUCUUAGUUAUCUUUUACAAAAAUCUUCUCCUCAGAAACUACUGGGCCAAAUUUAACAAUACUUGGCCUCAAUCAUCAUUGGGGUAUCUAGUUAAAAAAUUGUGAGGCGUGAACCAGCCAACCAACCAAGAUGCUCACCAUGGCUAAUAAUAGAACAUAUGGGGUAAAAUGUAGAUUUUGGCUUAUAACUCUGAAACGGAAGCAUUAAGAGUAAAUCUGAUGAGGGGUUGAAUUGUUUAUCAAGUUAAGAUCUAUCUGACUUAAAAUUUUCAGAUGAAUCAGACAACCCGUUGUUGGGUUGCUGCCCCUGAAUUGGUAAUUUUUAAGGAAAUUUUGCGUUUUUUUUGGUUAUUAUCUUGAAUAUUAUUGUAGAUAGAGAUAAACUGUAAACAGCAAUUACGUUCAGCAAAGUAAGAUCUACAAAUAAUUACAUUAGAUGUAAGUUUCAUUAUAAUACGUUAUUCUGAUUGGCUAACAUGUUAUUCGGUAAACAAUUGCAUCAGACAAUAACAUUUAUCAUGCAUGAUGACACGAGGUCCCACAAAAAAGUGCACAGGUGAAUUAAAUAAAGCUGGAUAAAAAUCGUGUUUUCAUGAUUUUAGCCAUAAAAAUGUAGGGUUGUAAAAGCGUUGACCGUGCGUACAAAAUGUACUUCAGUCAACGCUUUUACCACCCAAUAAAUUUACAAAAAGAAGCAUUCAAUUCUUAAAUAAAUAAACAUGUCAAAAAUGGUCAAUUGAGCCUUUCAGGAGUUACAGCCCUUUACAGUCAAUUUUAACAAUUUUUGUAAAUUUUAAACAAAAUAUUUUCCACUUUAACUAAUGGGCCAAGUUAAUUAAAGAUGGAGAUAAUUGUAGGUAGCAAGAAUGUUCAGUAAAGUAAGAUAUACAAACACAUCACCAUCACCAAAACACAAUUUUGUCAUUAAUCCAUCUGUGUCUUUUGUUGAAUAUGCACAUAGACCAAGGUGAGCGACACCGGCUCUUAAGAGCCUCUAGUUAGUUAAAUUAUUGCAGCUAAUAGGUUUUAACUGGAAAUUCAUUAAUUUUCACUACUGAAACAUUGUGUGAAAGGGAUUUGGACAGAAACAUUGCCAGUACAUUGUAUUACAAAACUUGAACAUGUUUAUCAGUAAACUGAAAGAAAAGA